CCGGAAGUAGGAUACAGGGAAACGAAAUAUGGCGCUACACGUUUGAACAGUUUACUAGCUAGCUCGGAAUGUGCAUCAGGUAAGCUACUGAAAGUGCUCUCAGGACUCAUAACCUCAUGAAACUGAAAGAAUUGGAAAGUUGCCUUCAGCAAGUAGAUGGAUUUGAGGAGCCAAAAAUUCUCUUGGAACAGUACCCUACCAGUCCCCAUAUAGCAGGUUGUAUGCUCUACACCAUCCACAAUACAUAUGAUGACAUUAAAAAUAAACUGGUUGCUGAUUUGGGGUGUGGAUGUGGAGUGCUUAGCAUAGGAGCAGCAGUCUUGGAUGCAGGACUGUGUGUGGGGUUUGACAUUGACAGUGGUGCGCUAGACAUUUUUAAACAAAAUGUGGAAGAAUUUGAACUGUCAAACAUUGACACGGUCCAGACCGAUGUCUCCACCAUUGGUUCAUCAUUUGCAAAGAAAUUUGACACUGUGAUCAUGAACCCCCCUUUUGGCACAAAACAUAACCAGGGUAUAGACAUGCAGUUCCUGAAGACAGCAAUUUCCAUGGCUAGAGGAGCAGUGUAUUCUCUUCAUAAGACUACCACAAGGGAUCAUAUAAGUAAGAAGGCAAGUGACUGGAAAGUGAAAAUGGAAGUAAUUGCAGAGCUUAGAUAUGAUCUCCCAGCAUCCUAUAAGUUCCACAAAAAGAAAUCGGUUGAUAUCCAGGUAGACUUCAUUCGAUUUACUCCUAAAUGAAGCUAGGGCCAGAUCUCUCUUCUCCUAAUAUUGUUGUUUGUUUUUAUGGGGACUGUUUGUUUGAUUAUUGUAUAGUGGAUGCAUUUCAAAAUA